UAUAGUUCAUUGAACCUAAUUUAAAAGCGGAAGUGGUGUAGACAUCGAAAUCGAAAUCAUUCCAGAGGGACGAAAGCACUCGGAGUCGUGAAAAUACCGACACCCUAAAUAAUGAGGCUUUCUUCUUUUCUUUCAACCAGUCAGCCACACGUCCCUGAUCAAAAUUCAUCAGUCGUACGCGACUGCCAUCAGCUAUAAAACCCCGUUGACGCCGACCGUACUGGCAUUCGGUGUUUAGUCUGGCGAAUCGGUGGUACCGCCAUGAGGAUUUUAACCACUUUUGCGUUAGUAGCCCUUCUGGCGAUUCUCACUAGUGCUCAACAAAUAGAAACUACUGUUGAUGUCCUACAAGAAAUUUAUCACAGAUGCGCAGAUAGCGAAUCCAUGUUAUCUUGUGUUAAACCGAAAGUGUUGGCUUAUAUUACCGAUGCCAUGAAACAAGACAGACUAGCUAUUACGGAGGAUUUAGCAGUAGUUAAAUCCCGUGACGAACCAGAGCAUAAAAUGGAAGAUUAUUCUACCUCACAAUUCGACGCCGCGGAUCCAGCCAAGAGAAAAUUCCUACGAACAUUGUUGCUCGAAAAAUUGGACGCGUACUUGUCAAGCCAUCAGCUUGAGGCUAAGCUACCAGCAGCGAUUGAAGGAUCCAAUAUUGUCCCCAGAUCCUUAGUCGACAGCAUGCCGAAGAGUCUUACAAUCCCUCUUAGUGAUUCUUCUAAUGAACAAGGUCGCGGUUUCGUCAAGAAAGUGAUGAUACCAUUCCUUCUUGGCCUCAAGUUCAAAGCCACCGCUUUGGUACCUCUCGCUCUCGCUCUCAUCGCAUUGAAAACUUGGAAGGCGCUGACUUUGGGUCUUUUGUCAUUGGUUCUCAGCGGAGCGAUGGUGCUCUUCAAGCUGACUAAACCGAAAGUCGCUUACGAGGUUGUUCACUAUGGACACCCGCCCAUAGAACACCCCCCUCAUUGGGACACUGCACCGCACGGACCUUACAGGGCCUAUAGGAAAUAG